CAAAGUGCGGUCAUAGUCCACUUGGCCUCCCGUAUAUCCCAGUCGCCUAAAGCAGUUGGCUUUCCGGAUCCAAAUCCGGUGGCAAUCUCGUAAAUUCCUCCAAACCCGGUGGCGUUUCCGCUCUCCGAGGCUCCUCCUCCUCGGUCCUAUCGGCCAGAAAAAUAUUAUAAGCAGAAAAAGCGGCUUUUCUAAGUCACACAUAAAAUCUCUUCUUCUCUGGUUGGCCGCCGGUCUUCUCAACUUCCUGUGAAAAAAAAAAAACAAUAGAAAAAUAAAGAGAGAUAAAGUGAGGAGAGAGGAAAUGUUGAAGCUCUCGACGUACAAUGGAGUGGACCAAAUUCACGGCGUGGCGGCCCAAUGCCGCUUCCUUGGCCCACCCAAGCCCAACCCAAUUUUCCCCCGCCGGAAAGACGGCGCCUUUCUUGCCCACUGCGCUGCCUCACCUUCCAAAACGCCGGUCCUCGCCGUCGUAUCGGACCGGGGGACCGGGAGCGUGGCGGGUCGGGUCGAGACGAAUACCGGGCCGGUCACCCUUGGGGACCGGCUGAGGCAGGGGAGCAUGGCGGAGGACUGGAAGUCCUAUAAGGAGUGCUUUAUAGUAAGGUGCUAUGAGGUCGGGAUUAACAAGACUGCCACCGUCGAGACGAUUGCCAAUCUCUUGCAGGAGGUAGGAUGCAACCAUGCUCAAGCUGUUGGCUUUUCUACUGACGGUUUUGCGACCACAACCACCAUGAGAAAAAUGCAUCUCAUUUGGGUUACUGCUCGCAUGCAUAUUGAAAUCUACAAAUAUCCAGCUUGGAGUGAUGUCGUUGAAAUAGAAACGUGGUGCCAAGGGGAAGGGAGAAUUGGCACUAGGCGUGAUUGGAUACUCAAGGACUAUGCCACCGGUGAAGUCAUUGGAAGAGCGACGAGCAAGUGGGUGAUGAUGAACCAAGACACUAGGCGACUUGUGAAAGUCACCGAUGAUGUUAGGGAAGAGCAUUUAGUUUUUGCUCCACGGGAACUGAGAUUAGCAUUUCCAGAGCCUAACAAUAGUAGCUUGAAGAAAAUCGCCAAACUUGAAGAUCCUGCUCAGUAUUCUACACUGGGACUUGUGCCAAGAAGAGCAGAUCUCGACAUGAACCAGCAUGUUAAUAAUGUUGCCUAUAUCGGAUGGGUUCUAGAGAGCAUGCCUCAAGAACUCAUCGAUAGCCAUGAACUGCAAACAAUCACCUUAGAUUACAGGCGGGAGUGUCAACAGGAUGACAUAGUCGAUUCCCUUACUAGCGUUGAACCUUUAGACGAUGCUCCAGCUCUUUCAGGCAACGGAACAAAUGGAUCCCCUACUGCAACAGAAGAUGAUAAGGACUACCGUCAGUAUUUGCAUCUACUAAGAUUAGCAGGCGAUGGUUCAGAAAUAAACCGGGGACGAACUAUCUGGAGAGAAAAACCUGCAAGAUGAGGAAGUAAUCUUAUCCCUUGGUUUCGCCGGUUUUAGGGUUGAUUUUUGUUUCUGUUUUCCUUUGUUUUUGUCCAUUGUAUGAGAGGGGUUUUGUUUCCUAGUUGAUGUCAUCUGUCAUAUUUUCGUUUUCAGUUUAUUUCCUUCCAGUUGUCCUCUUCCAAAUGCAAUUAUUUCCUGCACUGAUGUGAAAUGUAAGGUCCAGAUUUUAGUUGCAAAUGUAAUACUUAUGUUCCAAUUGCCA